UAUGACGUGGCUGGAGCCCGCAACGCCUUAAAUUUAUCACGUGUUUCUGUGCUGUUUGCAAAUGCGACAGUUGAUCCUCAACUGAGGUCAAAUCGUAAUUACCAUCGGAAUUAUCCCAGCUGCGAUAGAUGAAGAAGUGAUGAUCAGAAUGAAAGAGCGAUGGUUCUCUUAAAUAUUGCCUGCGAAGGACCCAAGCUGCUGCUAUCCGUAGUUCCCUCCCGAGUUAAUCUCCAGCGGAAACUGCGAUUGUAUGGAAGACCCAAACUUAAGGCGUGGCGAUCUGACGUCAGGCAGACAGUUCCACCCAUUUCCAGCAUGAUGGACGUCUGGGUAUCUAUCCUUGGAUUGCUCUUUCUGGUACACCUUAUAGUCGCUCGUGGUUUGGAUUGAAGGCGAUUGUCUUAAAAGACAGGCACCCUUGUCCUGGUGGCCAACUGAGAU